AUGUGGGCACCUUGGGUUUCUGGCUUGUGGCUGCUCAGUCUCUGGGCCGCCUGCAGCCAUGGGGCAGAUACAGGUGAGCAAUGCCCACCUUCACACCAGGAAGGACUCAGGUUAGAACACAGAAGCCAUGUAUCGACUAACGUGACUGGCUUUAAUCUCAUCCGCCGACUCAACCUCAUGAAAACAUCUGCCAUCAAGAAGAUCCGCAACCCCAAGGGGCCCCUCAUCCUGCGACUGGGGGCAGCCCCCCUCACCCAGCCCAUGCGACGAGUAUUCCCUCAGGGCCUCCCUGAUGAGUUUGCCCUGGUGCUGACACUAUUGCUGAAGAAACACACCCGCCAGAACACGUGGUAUUUAUUUCAAGUGACCGAUGGAGACGGGUACCCACAGAUUUCCCUGGAAGUCAACAGCCAAGAGCGGAGCCUGGAGCUCCGGGCCCGCGGCCAAGAUGGUGACUUUGUGUCCUGCAUCUUCCCGGUGCCCCAGCUCUUUGACCUGCGCUGGCACAAGCUGGUGCUGAGUGUGGCUGGACGCGUGGCCUCCGUGCACGUGGACUGCACCUCAGCCUCCUCUCGGCCUCUGGGGCCCCGGCGACCCAUGCGGCCUGUGGGCCAUGUCUUUCUGGGCUUGGAUGCCGAGCAGGGGAAACCCGUUUCGUUUGACCUUCAGCAGGCACACAUCUACUGCGACCCAGAGCUUGUGCUGGAGGAGGGAUGCUGUGAGAUUUUACCCGGAGGGUGUCCCCCAGAGACCUCCAAGGCCCGCCGGGAUACCCAGAGCAAUGAGCUCAUUGAGAUCAAUCCACAGACCGAAGGCAAGGUCUACACUCGCUGCUUCUGCCUGGAGGAGCCUCAAAACAGCAAGGUGGAUGCCCAGCUGACAGGAAGCAUCAGCCAGAAGGCAGAAAGGGGAACAAAGGCCCGUCAGGAGACAGCGGCCGAUGAGGUCACAACUGGUCCUUCUGGACCCAAGGGAGGGAGAGGUGAGCGAGGCCUUCCUGGCCCGUCAGGCCCCAAGGGAGAGAAGGGAGCCCGGGGCAGUGACUGUGUCCGGAUCUCCCCGGAUGCCCCGCUUCAGUGUGCAGAAGGCCCGAAGGGAGAGAAGGGAGAGUCAGGAGCCUUGGGACCCUCAGGACUUCCGGGCUCUACAGGCCAGAAGGGCCAGAAAGGCGAGAAGGGAGAUGGAGGCGUUAAGGGCUCGCCGGGAAAGCCAGGCCGAGACGGCCGGCCAGGGGAGAUCUGCGUCAUGGGACCCAAAGGGCAGAAGGGAGACCCUGGCUUUGUUGGGCCUGAGGGACUGGCAGGAGAGCCUGGGCCCCCUGGCCUCCCUGGGGCCCCUGGGAUAGGACUUCCUGGGACCCCGGGGGACCCGGGUGGCCUGCCAGGCCCUAAGGGAGACAAGGGCAGCGCGGGAGUGCCAGGAAAGGAAGGUCCCGGUGGGAAACCUGGGAAGCCAGGGGUGCCGGGGCUGAAGGGAGAGAAGGGUGACCCCUGUGAAGUGUGCCCAACGCUGCCUGAAGGGUUCCAGAGUUUCGUAGGGCUCCCUGGAAAACCAGGGCCCAAGGGGGAACCAGGUGAUCCUGCACCAGCCAAGGGAGACCCUGGCAUCCAAGGUCCCAAAGGAGAGAAGGGGGACUCCUGCUUGUCCUGCAGCUUAGCGGUAGGGGCCCAGCAUCUUGGGCCCUCUACAGGGGCCAAAGGAGACAUGGGCCUCCCUGGCUUCGGUUUGCCCGGCCUUCCGGGGAAAGUUGGGGCUCCAGGGCCAACAGGGCUGAAAGGAGAGAAGGGUAAUUUUGGGGAGGCAGGGCCAGCUGGCCGGCCGGGUCCACCAGGGCCAGUGGGAUCCACAGGCAUCAAAGGGGAGAAGGGGGAGCCUUGUGAGCCAUGCCCAGCCCUGUCCGAGCCUCAGGAUGGGGACAGCUACGCGGUGGCCUUGCCUGGCCCUCCUGGAGAGAAGGGAGAGCCUGGGCCCCCGGGCUUUGGCUUGCCAGGGAAACAGGGCAAGGCUGGAGAGCGUGGACCGAAGGGGAACAAGGGUGAUGCUGGGAACCCUGGAGAUCCUGGAGUGCCAGGCACCACGGGGCGGCCGGGACUGUCGGGAGAACCUGGCGUGCGGGGCCCCAUGGGCCCGAAAGGAGAAAAGGGUGAUGACUGCACUGCCUGCCCCAGCCUGCAGGGGGCAGUGCCGAGCACAGCAGCACUGCCUGGGAAGCAGGGCCCCAAAGGAGAGCCGGGCCCAGAAGGUGUGGGCCGGCCUGGGAAACCGGGCCAGCCUGGUCUACCUGGAGUUCAAGGGCCCCCAGGACUGAAGGGCACCCAGGGAGAGCCUGGACCUCCGGGAAGGGGAAUCCAGGGGCCGCAGGGGGAACCUGGAGUCCAGGGUUUGCCUGGCAUUCAGGGGCUUCCGGGACCUCGGGGACCACCUGGCCCCACCGGAGAGAAAGGUGCCAAGGGGUCUCCGGGGCUGAAAGGAGCUGCCGGGCCGAUGGGGCCCCCUGGUGCCAGUGUCUCUGGGCCUCCGGGCCCUGAUGGGCAGCAAGGACUUCCAGGAGCCAGAGGGAUUCCAGGUGAAAAGGGACCUCAGGGAGAGAAGGGCGAGCCAGGGGAGUGCUCCUGCCCUUCUCGAGGGGACCCCAUCUUCUCUGGCAUGCCGGGUGCUCCGGGACUUUGGAUGGGCAGCUCCUGGCAGCCGGGCCCGCAGGGUCCCCCGGGUGUUCCUGGACCCCCUGGACCCCCUGGAAUGCCGGGGCUGCAGGGAGUGCCUGGAAACACCGGUUUGCCCGGACAGCCUGGGCUAACGGCCGAACUGGGAUCCUUACCAAUUGAACAGCACCUCCUUAAGAGCCUCUGCGGGGACUGUGUCCAGGGGCGGACGGCCCACCCGGUGGCGCUCCUGGAAAAAGGGGAGAAGGGAGACCAGGGCAUUCCCGGCGUGCCAGGCCUGGACAGCUGUGCCCGGUGCUUCAUAGAGCGGGAGCGCCCCAGAGCCGAGGAGGCCCGGGGAGACAACGGCGAGGGGGAUCCUGGCUGUGCUGGAAGUCCUGGCCUGCCCGGUCCUCCAGGACUGCCCGGCCAGAGAGGAGAAGAGGGUCCGCCUGGCAUGAGGGGCUCCCCGGGUCCUCCAGGCCCUAUUGGCCCCCCAGGUUUUCCUGGUGCUGUUGGCUCCCCCGGAUUGCCUGGUCUUCAAGGAGAGCGAGGCCUCAGGGGCCUGACAGGAGAGAAGGGGGAACCGGGUCCUCCAGGGCAACCUGGUUACCCAGGUGCCAUGGGCCCCCCAGGACUGCCUGGCAUCAAGGGGGAGCGGGGCUACGUCGGGCCCCCGGGAGAGAAAGGAGAAUCGGGCCCACCAGGAUCUGAAGGCCUCCCAGGUCCCCCAGGCCCAGCAGGUCCCCGAGGAGAGCGAGGACCCCAAGGGAAUUCGGGAGAGAAGGGCGACCAGGGAUUUCAAGGCCAGCCAGGCUUUCCCGGCCCACCGGGUCCUCCUGGAUUCCCGGGCAAAGCUGGAGCACCUGGCCCCCCCGGCCCACAAGCGGAGAAGGGCAGUGAAGGCAUCCGAGGCCCACCAGGCAUGCCUGGUCCCCCUGGGCCACCAGGAUCGCCUGGGAUCCAGGGCCCUGCCGGCCUGGAUGGUCUGGAUGGGAAGGAUGGCAAGCCUGGCUUGAGGGGGGACCCUGGCCCCACUGGCCCUCCCGGACUCAUGGGACCCCCGGGCUUCAAGGGAAAAACGGGACACCCUGGCCUCCCAGGACCGAAGGGUGACUGUGGGAAACCAGGGCCCCCAGGCAGCAGUGGCCGGCCAGGAGCAGAGGGUGAGCCUGGUGCCAUGGGACCUCAGGGAAGACCCGGCCCCCCUGGCCAUAUUGGGCCACCGGGACCUCCAGGCCAGCCGGGCCCAGCUGGGAUCUCUGCAGUGGGCCUAAAAGGAGACCGGGGAGCCCCUGGAGAAAGGGGGAUGCUAGGCCUUCCAGGCCAGCCUGGGACCCCCGGACACCCUGGCCCCCCGGGUGAGCCUGGUGCGGACGGUGCAGCUGGCAAAGAGGGACCCCCUGGAAAACAGGGACUUUAUGGACCCCCCGGUCCAAAGGGUGAUCCGGGACCUUCAGGACAGAAGGGCCAGGCAGGAGAGAAGGGAAGAGCUGGCAUGCCUGGUGGGCCCGGCAAGAGUGGCUCCAUGGGGCCCGUUGGGCCACCGGGUCCUGCAGGAGAGAGAGGCCACCCUGGAUCUCCGGGGCCUGCGGGGAGCCCUGGAUUGCCCGGGGUGCCUGGCUCCAUGGGAGACAUGGUGAAUUAUGAUGAAAUCAAGAGGUUCAUCAGACAAGAGAUCAUUAAAAUGUUUGAUGAGAGGAUGGCUUAUUACACCUCCCGGAUGCAGUUCCCCAUGGAGAUGGCCGCCGCUCCGGGACGACCAGGACCCCCAGGAAAGGAUGGGGCUCCGGGCCGGCCAGGUGCUCCGGGAUCACCAGGACUUCCUGGUCAGAUCGGCAGAGAAGGACGCCAGGGUGUGCCAGGAAUGAGAGGAUUGCCCGGUACCAAAGGUGAAAAGGGGGACAUUGGUAUUGGCAUGGCUGGCGAAAAUGGUCUCCCCGGCCCCCCAGGUCCUCAAGGCCCUCCAGGGUAUGGUAAGAUGGGCGCGACCGGACCCAUGGGCCAGCAAGGCAUUCCGGGCAUCCCUGGCCCUCCGGGUCCCAUGGGCCAGCCAGGCAAGGCUGGCCACUGUAACCCCUCUGACUGCUUUGGGGCCAUGCCGAUGGAGCAGCAGUACCCGCCCAUGAAAAACAUGAAGGGGCCUUUCGGCUGAAAUCACGGCCUCCGUCAGAUGAAGGAUUCCAUUGGGAAUAAAUGGCCGACACGUACAGGACUCUGUGAUGGGUUGUGAAUGUUUUGUGUUUCUUAAUUGCUAUUAAUAUUUUUUUACCAAUAAAUAAAUAAAACU